AUGGGUCGAGAACCAGAUUACCAAACGUCCUACCAAUGUAACUCAAAAUGGAAUCUUGUUAACAAACUCGUGACACAUUGGAACAAAAUUUACACAAACUUCGAAAAGCAAUGGGCUAGCGGUGAAAGUAAAACGAGUUUGUUGAAAAAAACGCACGCGACAUUUCAAGGUGACAUGUUGAAGCCUUUUAAGUUCAUUCAUGUGUGGGAAGUUGUCAAAAGAAACAUUAGGUGGAAGGAGUUUGCAACACAUGAAGACAUUGCUAAUCCGCCAAAAAGAAGUCGAACAUCUUCAUAUUCAAGCUCACAACAAAUAUCAUUGGAUGGUCACAUUGGCGUUGAUCUUAAUGAUGAUAACGGCGACAUCGAAGAACUACGCCUGCCUCUUCGUCCCAUGGGAAGGGACAAAGCAAAAGCUCGAGGAAAAGGAAAAGGAAAAACGACAUCAUCAAAUCGUCAGUCGGAACGGAGCAGUCAACUAGAUCGGAGGAAAUGA